CUUCACCUUCACUCACCAACUUGGCACACCGCAGUCCCCCGUUCCAACGCAGCCGUCCCAAGCACUCGGUCGCGCUCGAGCUUCCCGCACACUUGACGCUGAUCAAGACUUUGUCGCGUAGGCACGCUCUCUGCAACCCUUGGACGUGCAUGCACACGACAGCGUGUCGCCACCCACUCACCGCCCAUCACCCUCCUCACACAUACCCACGAUGGAGCUCGCAGCACAAGCACCUCAGCAGGGUAUGGUCCUCUGCGCAGACUGCGGAGUUCCCAUCCUUCCUUCUUCUGCCAACCUCUGCCUAUCCUGUCUUCGCAACUCGGUCGACAUCACCGAAGGCAUUCCCAAGCAAGCCGCUAUCAACUUUUGCAGGAAUUGCGAGCGGUACUUGAACCCUCCUCAGACUUGGGUACCCGCAAAGCUGGAGAGCAGAGAAUUGCUGGCCAUCUGCUUGAAGAAGCUCAAAGGCUUGAACAAGGUCAGACUCAUUGAUGCUGGCUUCAUUUGGACAGAACCUCACUCCAAGAGGCUCAGAGUCAAGCUCACUGUGCAAAAAGAGGUGCUCACUUCGACCAUUCUGCAACAAGUGUUCGAGAUAGAAUUCGUGGUGCAGUACGGCCAGUGCCCAGACUGCACGCGCAUGGCUGCCAAGAACACCUGGAAGGCCAUGGUUCAAGUCCGUCAGAAGGUACCUCACAAGCGCACAUUUCUGUAUCUCGAGCAGCUCAUUCUCAAGCACAAUGCUCACAGAGACACUGUCAGCAUUCAAGAAAAGAAGGACGGCCUCGAUUUCUACUACUCUCAACGAGCACACGCAGUCAAGAUGUGCGAGUUCCUCGCCUCUGUGGUGCCGGUGCGAACGCAAGCGAGCAGCGCGGUAGUGAGCAUGGAUAUCCACACGUCGACGGUGAACAACAAAUUCAGCUACAGCGUUGAGAUUGCGCCCAUCUGCAAGGACGACUUGGUAUGCCUACCCAAGAGCUUGGCGAGGUCCAUGAGCCAGAUGCCUCAAUUGGUGUUGUGUCAGCGAAUCAGCAACACUCUCAAGUUCAUCGAUCCUGCAAGUCUUCAGGUGGCCGAUCUGGCUGCUGAAAAGUACUGGAGGGAGCCAGUAAGCAGCUUGUGUGCCAUUCCCGAGCUCGUCGAGUUUCUCGUGCUGGACAUUGAGCCCACGGGCGUCACGAACGGAAAGUGGGUGGCAGCUGAUGCGCAAGUCAGUCCGCUCAAUGCGACUUCCUUCGGACAAGCAGAUGCAGUGUAUCACACACGCACGCACCUGGGUGGGCUCUUGCAGCCGGGAGAUACAGCCAUGGGCUAUAAUCUCCGAUCGGCCAACUUCAACGAUGCGCUUUGGGAUACGCUGAACCAUGAUCAGACGCCGGACGUGGUGCUCGUGCGCAAGAGCUAUCCGGACAGCAAAAAGCGCAGACGAGGCAGAAACUGGAAGUUGCGCAGCAUAGCCAAAGAAGCUGGAGAUGACUCUGGCGAGGGAACUGGAAGAGGGGCUCUCGGUCGCAAGGGAGGCCUGGAUGGCAAGAAAGUGGAGAGGGACUACGAAAUGUUCUUGAGAGAGCUUGAAGAGGAUGAAGAGAUGAGGAGCGGCGUGAACCUCUAUAGAGAUCCGGAGGCUGAAGAGAGGGCCAAGAGGAGAAGAGAAGCAAAGGCGCUUCACAGAGCUCGCAAGCUCAACUCUAACGACGGCGAUGCUGAUGGCGGCAUGGAGGUGGAGGAUGCUGCGGAUGCUGCGGUCGAGGUUCGUGGUGCGGCUGCACUGGACGGAGCUAUGACGGACGACGAUGGCUUCACGACUGACGGGGAGAGCGAGUGGGGAGAUGAUGACGAUAUUCCCAAGAUCAGGGACGACGAGUUGUUGGCCGAGGAGCUCGAGGGUAUGCAACUGGACGAAUGAGGGUUGUUCCGAGAUGCUGCAGCGUCAUGCGACAUGUUCGUGCACCUGUGUAUCCGAUCGAGCCUUGAUACGUUUUGCCUGCCUUGUUUGCGCUCAAGUCUGGCCCCACUGUUCGUCACUCUUCCACGCACGCGAGUGUUUGGACGAGACGAGCUUGAUUAGACAUCACGCAAUGAUCGCUGCCAAAGUGAUAUGUAUUUUGCAGCUACAAACCUCGAUGCAGGAGUCCGAGACGAUGAGAGCGAGCACGCUCUCGAGCGGCCUCGACAUCAAAUUACACGAUUCGUGAAG